AUGCUACUCCAACAAGACAGCCUUGAAAACGAUGUUGAAGAUGUCCCGUUCCUGCCAAAGUCGCCUUCUUUCGAUCAGUCAUCGGUUACUUCAAGCCAAAACCCAGAUGGCAUCAAUAGCGCCCGGCGGAAAAUUCGCAUGCGGCUCACUAUCGCUCUUUUUGCUAUUGUGCUUGCCUUCGAGACUGGCGGAUCCAUGCUCGCUGCCCCCAUGACACGCAUGUUCGAAUCGAUAACUUGCCUACAGUACUAUAAGGAGCACGACCCUGCAAUAAUAGGGAAGAAUGGAAACAUUCCUGAGGAAUUAUGCAAGAAUAAGGAGAUUCAGGGUGAAGUCGCAAUUGUGAAGGGUUAUGGAGAGCUUUUUGACGCGAUGGCUGGUGUGCUUCUUUCGGUACCGUAUGGCCUAUUGGCAGACAAAUACGGCCGGAAACCAAUAUUUUGCAUUUGCAUUCCUGGGUUUGUCCUGAACAUGAUGGUUACAGGCGUAAUAUUAUACGCGUCGGAUACGUUUCCGUUACGUAUGGUUUGGCUAUCUACCUUAGCCUGGAUGUUUGGAGGUGGUUUUGCUGUUGCUAGCACAAUGGUAUGGACGAUGAUGGCGGAUGUUACUGCUGAAUCCCAAAGGGCUGCUCUUUUCUUCAAAUUCGGCGUCUCAAUAAUGCUGGCCGACUUCAUCUCUUCACUCUUUACCUCGUGGCUCAUGAAGUACAGUCCCUGGAUUCCGAUGGUCAUAGGAUGGAGCUUUACCAUGAUUGGAAUCCUUCCAGCCGUACUACUACCAGAAACGAAAGGGACAUUCACAUCGGAGAAGGAACUCGCUCAUGAGCUUUCUGAACCAUCAUCACCUAUCAACGAUGGGCCUAUCUAUUUUUCGCCUGAGCAGCGCAAUGCCGGUAUGCUAUCAUUCGCUAAAAAGCCACGUCCGGCCUCACAACUCAGGCGGAUGGGAUCUCAGUUCAGCUUCAUUAUCCAGGAUAAACACCUCAUAUUUCUCCUUUCCACAUUCCUCGUCUACAGAUUGAGCCGCGGCACAUCAUGGCUCCUCAUACAAUACAUAUCCAAACGCUACCACUGGACCCUUGCGAAUGCGAAUUUCUUAAACUCCUUCAAAUCAAUCCUAACCGUAUUUCUCUUCCUCGCCCUACUCCCGCUCGCAUCAUGGUACCUAACAUCUCGACGAGGCACACACUACCGGCAGAAGGACUUGACCCUCGCCAAAGGCAGCGUCAUCCUCCUCCUCGUCGGCACGUUUAUCAUGGGCAUCUCACCCUCAAUAUCCCUCUUUAUCGUCGGUCUCAUCGUGCAGACGUUGGGUAUCGGGUUUGUGUUUAUUGUUCGGUCCCUGGCCACCACCAUGGUGCAUAGAGAUCAGACUGCACGGCUGUAUACGGCGAUAGAGAUCCUGCAGAGCAUCGGAGUGACGAUUGCCAGUCCGACAGUGACUUUCUUUUUCAACAGGGGUUUAGAUAUGGGAGAGGGCUGGAUUGGGUUACCUUGGGUGGUGGCGUCUGGUCUUUUUGGCGCGACGGCGGUGUUGCUAUGGAUGUAUAGACUACCCUCUCUUCCAAAGCAAUCUGUGUCUGAAGCUUCGAUUGCACUUUGA